ACUAGUUGGGGGCUGAAAUGACUAUAGCUUGGUAAUCGUAGGGACGUCGGGUUCGGUUAGCUAUUAUAUAUAUGUGUGGCUGUGAGAACGAAGACAAUCAUGGCAGAGGAUGUCAACAGCUCGUUUCCAUCAGGAUUUUGUGACAGUGCUCUAUGGGAUAACAACCAGACGUGGUACACGGCUGAUCCAGAUCUCACACCUUGUUUUCAGAAAACAGUUUUGUUAUGGAUUCCCUGUGUAUACCUCCUUCUACUCUUUCCUGCCAGAGUUUACAGUCUGUCUCACACCCACAAACCCUCACUGGGUUUCACUAAAUUAAAUGUAUCUAAAACAAUUCUUGCCGUAUGGAUUGGUGCUAUUGCAGUUCUUGAUAUUGGUAGAAGUGUCUACUCACUGGUGAUAGGAGAUUCAGUUCCAUUGGUAGAAUUCGUGUCUCCGCUCGUACUAUGUCUGACGAUGAUCCUGUGUAUAUUUCUGAUCCAGUAUGAGCGCAGGAGAGCUGUGUAUUCCUCUGGAUUUCUGCUAAUCUUUUGGUUGCUGCUCUCGGUGGCUGGAAUUCUGAUGUUUCAGUCUACAGUCAGAAGGGCUUUAAGAAUGGGAAUUUCUGACGUGCUGGCAUUUACGACAUUUAACCUGUAUUUCCCGGCAAUUUUAGUGGAGUUCAUUCUCGCAGCUCUUAUAGACGGAAGGCAGAGGUUGCUUGAGGUUUCUAGUUCUGACAAGAAAAAAAGUCCAGAGGAAAUGGCAUCUUUUCUAUCCAAGAUUACAUUCUGGUGGUUUACAAGUAUGGUCAUUAGGGGCUAUAAACAUGCGCUAACAAUAGAAGACCUGUGGCAUCUUAAUCAUGAAGAUACUUGUGGUGUCGUGGUUCCACAUUUUGAGAAAUACUGGGAAAAAGAAGUUGAAAGAAGUAUUAGAAAGACCCAGAGAAUGUACGUCCAUUCAGAACGUCGUGUGGAAGGAGAGAUGAUGGAGCUAAAUGCUGUUCCUAGGGAGGAAGACGAUUUGAUGGAAGACCAGGCUGAGAGUCAAUAUAAGGUUCCUGCAAGGCUGCUGAAAGCCCUGGUGUCUGCUUACCUACCCUUAGCUCUACUUACUGCACUUUACAAACUGAUAUAUGAUAUCAUGCAGUUCGUCAGUCCAUUGCUUUUGAAAUUACUGAUCAAAUUCACUGUUAACAAGUCGGAGUACCAGUGGAGAGGAAUAUUUUAUUCGUUGCUGAUGUUUAUCAUGGCUAUGAUACAGUCAUUUAUACUGCAUCAGUAUUUUCACGGUUGUCAGUUACUGGGAAUGAGAAUUAGGACAUCGAUAAUCUGUCUGGUGUACAGAAAAAUGUUGAGACUGUCCAACACAGCCAAAAAGUCCUCGACGGUAGGAGAAAUUGUCAACCUCAUGUCUGUGGAUGCCCAGAGAUUUAUGGACCUAACGACAUAUGUUCACACCAUCUGGUCUGCACCGUUUCAGAUCAUUGUCGCCUUGUACUUUUUGUACAGGGAGCUUGGUCCCAGUAUUUUUGCAGGGUUUGGAGUAAUGAUUGUUCUGAUACCAGUCAACGCAUUCAUCGCUAAAAAGUCCCGGGACUUACAGGUGAAACAGAUGAUCUUGAAGGAUGGCAGGAUAAAAAUGAUGAAUGAAGUUUUGAAUGGAAUUAAGGUUUUAAAGAUGUAUGCCUGGGAGCCAUCAUUUGAAGAACAAAUUCUGAAAUUGAGACGGAAGGAACUGAGAGUUUUGAGAACCAUGGCUUUUCUGAAUGCUUGUGUUUCCUUCACCUGGACAACGGCACCGUUCUUGGUCUCCCUAGUUACAUUUGCUGUUUUUGUAUUUUCUGACCCCGCUAAUAAUAUAUUGGAUGCAGAGAAAGCAUUUGUGUCUUUAUCAUUGUUCAACAUUCUACGCUUCCCAUUGACAAUGCUUCCACAAGUUAUAUCCAAUAUCGUACAGACAUCUGUUUCUCUAAAUCGUCUGCAAAAGUUUUUGAACAAUGAAGAGCUGGAUAAGGAUGCUGUACAAAAGGAUGAAGAGAGCAAAUAUGCAGUAAUGAUUGAAAAUGGCUCAUUUACAUGGGAGAAGAAGAGCAAAACCUUUAAUUUGAAAAAAAUCACAGUUAAAGUACCGGAGGGAAAGCUGGUUGCCGUGGUUGGGUCGGUGGGUUGUGGAAAGUCUUCGUUUCUGUCUGCGAUUUUGGGAGAUAUGGAGAAAGUGUCUGGAAAAGUUGUUGUUAAGGGCUCAGUAGCAUAUGUUGCUCAGCAAGCUUGGAUACAGAACUCAACAUUAAAAGAUAACAUUCUCUUUGGAAAAAUGAAGUCUGAACCCGAGUACUCAGACGUGAUCAGUAAUUGUCAGCUGCAGACGGAUUUAGAUAUUCUACCCGCCGGGGACAUGACAGAAAUAGGGGAGAAGGGAAUCAAUCUCAGUGGUGGACAGAAACAGAGAGUGAGUGUGGCUCGAGCAGUGUACCAGAACUCGGAUGUCUACUUGCUCGAUGAUCCACUAAGCGCUGUUGAUGCCCAUGUAGGAAAACACAUCUUCGAAAAAGUCAUCGGGCCAAAUGGCAUUCUACAAAAUAAGACACGCAUUCUGGUCACUCAUGGAUUGGGAUUUCUUCCUCAUGUUGACCUCAUUGUGACUCUGGACAAUGGCGAGGUGUCGGAGAUCGGCUCGUUUCAAGAACUGAUGAGUCAUGCCGGAGCGUUUGCAGAUUUUGUUCGUAAUUACCUUACAGAGAGGCUACAUGAUGAGGAACAUGCAGACAUUGCAGAGACGGAAAUAAAAGAUAUUGCACUGGAGGGUAAUGUGGUUUCUUUGUUUGGAUCUGUAUUAAGAGAUGAAGAUAGGAUAAAACUAGAAAGGCAGUUGUCAGAUUGCUCGUAUGAAAACAAAUUAUUGAGUGGACAGUCCUCAUCAGAGAAAAUAAACAGCUCCUCAGAUUUAUCAUUAAGAAACAGAGUUGUGAAUACACAGUCCUCAUCAGAAAAAAUAAACAGCUCCUCUGAUUUAUCAUUGAAAAAAAAAGUAGAGGAAAAUUCAGUGAAGUCAGGAGCAUCACUCGCAGCAUCAGCAGAUCAGAAAAACUCAUCAGAGUUAGACCAUCAUGUCGAAAACGAACAUGAGACGGAUCGACUCAUAAAGGAAAUAGAAGAAAAAAAGAAGGAAGAUAAGCUGAUAGAGGCCGAGAAAGUGGAGACUGGGAUGGUGAAAUUUUCAGUCUUUUGGAUCUAUCUAAAGUCAGUUGGAGCAGUCCUAAGUUCAGUGACUUUCAUGUUUAUGGUGCUGUACAAUGGAGCCAGCAUUUAUUCAAAUGUUUGGCUGAGUGAAUGGAGUAAUGAUCCACUAAUCACCAGAAAUGGAACAAAUAACUCAGUAAUAAAAGAAGUAGACAUACCCCAGAGAAAUCUCAGACUGGGGGUCUUUGGUGCUCUAGGAAUUUUGCAAGGCAUAUUUACAAUUAUUGCAACUCUAGCACUAUACAUUGGAAACAUACAUGCAGGGAAAACGCUUCAUGCCAGUCUUGUAAAAAAUAUUCUAGCUAGUCCAAUGAUGUUUUUUGAUACAACUCCGCUUGGACGAAUUUUAAAUCGAUUCAGUAAAGACAUGGAUGUUUUAGACACACAAAUCGGUCGAAUUUACGAGUCGUGGUUGUCAUGUCUACUGAAAGUUAUAUCAGUGCCCAUCGUGAUAGGAUACAGCACGCCGUAUUUCUUGCUUGCCUUCCUUCCCCUGGCAGUUCUCUAUGUUGCGAUUCAGAGAUUCUAUGUUGCGACAUCAAGGCAACUGAAGCGCUUGGAGUCCACACUUCGAUCUCCGAUAUACUCUCACUUCGGAGAGUCCAUUAGUGGAGUAGCCACAAUACGAGCGUACAGACAGCAUGACAGAUUCAUUUCAGAAUCUGAUAGAAGAGUAGAGAACAACAAUAAAAGUCAUUUUCCCUCCAUUGUUUCAAACCGGUGGCUAGCGAUUCGUUUAGAGUUUAUUGGGAACAGUGUGGUGUUUUUCGCUUGUUUGUUUGCUGUUCUUGGAAGAGAUACCCUUACUGGUGGUAUAGUCGGACUCUCGAUAACGUAUGCCUUAAAUGUCACACAAACCCUCAACUGGCUUGUUAGGAUGACUACUGAACUAGAAACCAAUAUUGUAGCAGUAGAGAGAGUGAAAGAAUACUCAGAGAUCCCCACAGAGGCACCAUGGAAAAUUGAGGAGACUAAGCCAGAAUCCACAUGGCCAUUAAAUGGGGAAAUUGUAUUCAGAAAUUACUGUCUGAGAUACAGAGAGGGACUGGAUUUAGUCUUAAAGGACAUCACGUGCCAAAUACAACCAGGCGAAAAGAUUGGCCUCGUUGGAAGAACCGGUGCUGGGAAAUCCUCAUUAUCACUUGGACUAUUUAGAAUUAUAGAGAAGGCGGGUGGUAGCAUUUUGAUUGAUGGAGUUGAUAUAUUCAAGAUAGGACUGCAUGAUUUAAGAUCAAAACUCACCAUUAUACCCCAGGAACCUGUUCUGUUUUCUGGAACUUUGCGAAUGAACCUGGACCCUUUUGAUACUUACGACGAUGCUACAAUUUGGAGGGCACUGGAGCAUGCUCAUCUGAAAUCAUUUGUGGAAUCCUUGCCUGAUGGAUUACAACAUAUAUGUACAGAAGGUGGAGACAAUCUGAGUGUUGGACAAAGGCAGCUGGUUUGUUUGGCACGAGCACUUCUAAGGAAGACAAAGGUCCUUAUUCUUGAUGAGGCGACGUCCGCGGUGGACUUGGAGACAGACGAUUUGAUUCAACAAACAAUAAGAUAUGAGUUUACAGACUGCACAAUUCUGACCAUUGCUCAUCGGUUAAACACCGUGAUGGACUACAACAGGAUAAUGGUCUUGAGUGCCGGGAGUAUUGUUGAAUUCGACAGCCCUGGAAAUCUACUUAACGACAAGAAAAGUGUCUUCUUUGGUAUGGCCAGUGAUGCUCAUCUUGUUUGAAGCUACAGAAAUGCGUGGAAUAGCCAUAUAUGUAUGACAAAACAAGUGUCUCCAUUUCCAAAUGUACUUUCUUAUCUGUUAACAUGGAUUUUGCAGGGUAUUUUCUAUUUCACAUCAAAUAAGGUGUGAAAGUUUUAUUAUAAAAGUGUCAAAAUUUACAUUUGACAUGUUUUAUACCUCGCCUGUGUCAUAGGCUCAAGUUGGGUUUUUUAAAAUCAAAAUUUAAUGGGUUUUUUUAAAAAAAAAUCUCUUGAACCACAAGACCAAUUUUGACCAAACUUAGCACAAAGAGUCCUCAACUAAUAGGAAUUCAUGUUUGCUCAAAUUAUGGUCAUUUUUUUAUUACAAGGGCAAACAAUGGGGGAAAAUUUAUUCCAAGGGCAAACAGUGGGGAGGGGGAGUUGUAUAUACAAACUUGAAGAAAUUCUCCUCUUUUUGGGGGAAAAUUAAGAGAGUACCUUGUAUCAAACUCAUAUGCAAAUAUCCUUGUAAUGUAUGUUUUAACGAAAAGUAUAUAUAGGAAAACUCUUUCAUUUUCUCAAGAACCACUACGGUUAAUUGUGUCAAAUACAUUAGAAAGUACCCUUUUACAGUGUAGAUUCAACUUAUUCCCAACAUAACCUACAGGGGCCAGGAUGGGAAUACAAUGGGGGUUUUAAGCUUCACAUUGCAAUACAUAUGAUACAAUUGAAAAAUGUAUCAGUAAUCAAGAACAAUGGUAUUAUGUGAUUAAUGAAUAAGAAUUAAUCUUAUGUAGUGAAGAUUAAAGUCUUCUUUUUUUCUCCCUUUUUUUUAGAUUAUGACCCCUUGGGCCACUAUAAAAAGUGUUGAAGUUGUAGAUAUGAUAGUGUCUUUAAAAUUUUCCCCAAAUCCACAAAGUAUGGUAAAAUUUGUGUGGCGAAGAUAGGAGAUUGCUAACACCAUGACUGUCAGGGUCUUACAAGAAUUUAAUUUGUUAAAUAGAUAUAGCAGUAUACCCGUAUAGUGUAUAUUCUGGUGCUAGGAUGGGGUCUACAUUUUACUUAAAUGUAGAAAUAUACAAUUUAUAGACAUCCUUCUCUAGACCAAUCUAGUACAUGCAAUCAUGACACAAAUUUAAUUUGUUCAAACUAUGAGAAGUAGUACAUGUAGAAAAGAUUUGUAUUUAUUUUCAUAUCUUUUUUCAAGAACCUCCUGUUUAUCUGGCAACUGGGAGAUACCGAGUUCGAUUCUUGAUCUCGCAUCAAACCUGAUAACAAAGUUAGUGACUUUUACUUUGUCAAUCUACUCACAAAUGUAGUGACUUUUACUUUGUCAAACCUACUCACAAAGGUGGUGACUUUUACUUUGUCAACCUACUCACAAAGGUAGUGACUUUUACUUUGUCAAACCUACUCACAAAGGUAGUGACUUUUACUUUGUCAAACCCUAUUGAAAGUCGCAGGUCUUAUAGAUAUGACCAUAAAAACGGAGAUCCCUCGCUAUGAUAGACAUUGGCACAUUAAAGACCCCUCACUACUACAGCCUUGAGCGGCAUGUAGUAGGUCAUCCGGUGAUGUCUUUAUAGGCAUGAUCAGUUCUCAGCUGGAACAUAAAAUAACAGAUGUAUCUGCAAAAUAACAAAUCUACUUGUUAUGGAAGUGUCGUAACUUAGUCUAUAUUGUUUUUUAUGGGGCGUUUUGUUUUUUAUGGGGCGUUUUAACUAUUGUAGUGUUUUGAGUUUAUUUGACCAUGUUUCCAACAAUUUGAUUAGUCACCGCAUGUGAAUUUAUUUUAUGUGCAUGUUUGUCGACAUGUGAAUUUAUUUUAUGUGUAUGUUUGUCGACAUGUGAAAUUCACAUUAUGUUGCAUUAUAAUCAAUAAAACAACAUUUUGUUCCAAA